AUGGAUCUGAGCCUUCGUAGCCCUGCCAGCCCCGCCAGCCCCGCCAGCCCAGAUGUGGCCAGCCCAGCUCCGGGCGCCAAGUUUAUUUGGCAUUCUGACGCUCAUGUUGAUCCCUUCUACCUGACGGACAGGUGCUGCGUUGAAAGAGAUUUGGAGCUACUGGAUCUCAGCGCGCAGCCUCUAGGAUUCAUGGGGUGUAACCCGCCGAUCAGCUUGGUGUCCCAGGCCUUUAGAGCAUCUGCGGCCCACGAUGCAAGUUUCGUUCUGUACACUGGCGAUUUCGCGAGGCACGAGAUCAACAAGGUGGUGAGCAUGCCGGAUUCUCUGACUGUUGUUACUGACAUCAUCAAGAACAUCUCUCUGUUGGCGCGCCAAGUUUUCAACGAAGUGUCACCCGUAUUUGGCACACUUGGGAAUUCAGAUGCCGGCUUGGACUACUUCAUGCCCAUCACCUCCAACGAGUCAGUAAACCCAUGGUUCUCCCAGAUCGGCGGUUCUAUAGAGCAUGCUGGGCUGAUGACCCAAGGAGAGCUACAGGAAUUUAAGCAUGGUGGCUUCUUCCAGGCCAGAGAGGGGAAUCUCAGCAUUCUGAGCCUGGAUACGGUGAUCUACGCCAUGGAUCACCUGCCCAUUCGCCCAUUGGAAGCUGAUCCUUUUGGACAGUUUGCGUGGCUGCGGCAGCGGCUGCGUGAGGCGGCGACUGCAGGGCAGAAGGUGUGGAUUGUGGGUCAUGUCCCUCCGGGCAUUGAAACUUUUGGGUACACCGAACUAUGGCACCCGCAGUACGUGGAAAGAUACCUGGACAUCGUGCAGGAUGAGGUGCUGGGUGCAGUAAUCGCUGCCCAGCUUUUUGGCCACGUCCACAAGGACGAGAUCCGUUUGCUGCCCAAGCCGCCCAAAGGCGCCGGGCCGAUCUUCCUCUCCGGAGCUCUUUCCCCGAUCCACUACAACAAUCCAUCCUUCAAGAUCGUAGAGUAUGAUCAGGCCUCCGGGCGCCUCAGGAAUCUUAAGACCUUCAUCGCGGAGGUGGGAGGCAACUUCUCACUGAAAUACGAUAUGGUCACGGCCUAUGGCCUCCAAUCCUUGUCCAUGGAAAGCAUGAUGAACCUCUCCCAGCGCCUCUUAGAGGGGACAGAUGCCUGGAAGACGUACGCAAAGUGGUAUGCCAGCGGCUACCCAAACGAGUUGCAGAACUUUACUGCAGGCAGCUCUGGAAACUCCAGCUUGAAGAUGCUGCAGCGCCAGCAGUACCUCUGCGCCAUGGUCAUCCGCAGCUCCAAAAACUUCGAGGCCUGCGCCGGGCUGUCGGCCCAGCUCCUGCCCCCCGGCCCUGUGGGCGCGCCUCGGAAGGAGAAGGAGCGCCUCCUCUUGGGUCGCCUGGUGCGGUGGGCGCAGAGGGCGGGCACGCCAAAGGCGGCGGCAGUGCUGCGCCUGGCCCAGGAAGAGCAGUGGCGCGACCUUCUGCAGCUUUUUGGGCAUUACAUCCACAAAAGCUGGAGUAAGGGGAAGCCGCUGGACCUCGACUCUGAUGAGGCAAGGGGGAGGCGGGAGGAGGGCAUCUCUGGCCAGCCCCGAGCCUGGAUGCUUUUUGGGACAUAUGUGAUUGCUGGGGAGCUUGACGCGAAAGCAACGUGUGAGUCCGGUCUGGACCUCGACGCCUCGGGCGAUGACAGCGACAGCCUAGAGGACGACGUAUUCCAAGAUGCCAUCGGACUGGAGGACCCGAUGGAUGAUGACGAUGACGAUGAAGAUACUGGCUUGUCUCUGAGAGAGGUUGUUGCCGGCUUCCUCAACAUCAACCACAUCCACGUGAACUCCGGGACCUUCCAAGAAGACACUCGAGAGAUCAGGCAUUUGCUGCCGUAUGUAGAUAUGGUGUGCGCUCCGAAGGUGAGCUCGACGCAGAAGAAGCGUUACCUGGAAGAGCUCAGCUACGCCCUGAGGCCCCAGGAGCUGCAGCCGCAGGCACGAGAGAUGUUCGUUCGGCAAGCACUCGCUCGGGGCGUGGUGGGUGAGGCAGUGCGCCUCAUUGAGAACGCUUCUUCCGCAGUAGCAGCAGCAGCCACGAACUUCUUGGGCGACUUUGCUUUCAACUCAGACAUGGGCUCCAGAGAGGUCCUCAAGGUUUUUGACCGCAUUGCCGACCGCUUCCAGCACUUGUUCUCCUCAUCCUCAGACAGGGUCACAUUGAUGAUCUCGGAGGACUGGCUCUUGCAGGCAGCCAUUCUUCUGUGUGUGAAUAUCGCAGCAACAUGCCCCGCAGGGCACAUGAAGCUGGUGCGACUGGUGCAGCCGGUCUGCCUGAAGAUUCUCCAGAGUCCUCAGGUUGGCGAUAAGCUGCGGGGCAAUACCAUUCUGCUUCUCGCCAAUCUGUCCAUGACAGUUCUGAGCGAGCUGCGGGAGUUGCAAGUCGCGGACGCCUUGCUUCGCCUGGUUUCCGACCACCGCAUUUCAGACCAGGGCAAGAGCGUGGCGGAGUCUGUGAUCAUCUUCCUGCACGGGGAGGCGAAAUGCCGCCAGGUGGACCUGCUCAUGGGUCGCGAUGUGGUGGGUCAGUACUGCAUCCCCAUCAUGGCGCACACCUUGAAAAGCACAGAGUUCCGUGGCAUGUUCCCGCACCUUCUGUACAGCGCCAAACUCUUUCAAGUUUUGUCCAGGUGCCGGGUCUAUGCAGAGGAACUGCUGAGAGACGGGAGGGCCAUGCCCUUGCUGCUCCGAGCGGUGAAUCCGCGUGCACCCCCGCCCCGGGUCGAGACAGACUACGAGGGCCGGCGAUUAGUUUUGGAGGCGCUCUGGUCUUUUGCGCGCUUCCGGCUUUGGCCUGCAGAGGAAGAUGCAGAUGAUAGCCAGAAGUUCAUCGAGAAGGGCCUGCCGCUGGUGAUGGAGGACCGCCACGUUGGUAUCCGGUCAGCUGCAGUAGGCAUCUAUGCGCAGCUCCACUGGGUCAGGGUGCUGGAAAUGCUGGCAGUGGGGAAGAGGCUUGAGGCCGAAGGCUUCCUCCCUCCCGGGUUCUGGAGGCACCGUAUUGCCUCUCAGCUCUUCCCUUUCUUGACCUGA